AUGCGCCCAGUCUCGCAGUCUUCUGCUGUGACGACCUCUUCGGUUGUGAGUUUCGAGCAUUUUCUCAGUGAAACUAUUCCUGAUUCUGAAUUGGAUUCGAUUCUUUCGAGACUAGGUGUUGCUCAGCAGUGCAUGGACAUUGUCGUCUGUCAGCUUCUUUUUGAAAAAGACGGAGAAUGGGAAAUUCAAGCUCAAGGAGCACUGAUGCUUCUCAAAGACCACAAACGAAAGUCGUAUUUUCUCAUUUUGUCGUCGUCAUCUGGCGAAGUUUUGUGGACGCAGGAGAUUUACCACCGAUGCAACUUUAGCCCUGUUGGGCCAUUCAUUCAGUUUUCUGGUGAUGAGUGUCAAGUUGGGCUUAAUUUUUCAGACGAGGAAGAGGCCAUUCGUUUUGGUAACAAAAUGGUGAAACGGUCCCAUGCAAAACGAAGGACCAAGAAGCGAAAGAGUCGCAGUAGGUCCAAACGGUUCAAUGAAACAGUGCCCGAGAUUGACGAAAGUACGGAAAGAAAGAUCUCUCUUGGAGAAACCCAGAAACCGGAAAAGCCCAAGAUGCAAGAGACUGAGAGUAUCAAUGAUGAAGAUGACAGUAUGAAGCAGGAAACAUCAGUCGUUGCCCUUUACGAGGCUCAAAAAGGCGUUGCUGUGUUCAAAGAGUCAGGCGAAAAGAAAAAGAAGAGGAAAGGUUUCUUCAGGGGAAAGUCUAAAUCGAAGUCAAAGUCGAAAAGAAAACAUCGUGGAAGAUUAAAGCUGGACAUUAGUGCCCCUACUGAUAUGAGAAGAACGGCUGGCUUGGCGAUGAAUCCGAACACUGGAAGAAUGGAACUGUCCUGCGAAGAUGAAAAAAUGGCGCAAAUUCUUAUUAAUAUGGGCAUCGUUGGAGAUGAUCAUGAAGCUAUGACUCUUUUGAAAAACAAACGAAAAAGAUCGAGAAUUGAUUCGGCUAUCGAAGAAAGCGGUGGAAUCGAAAAAGUUCUGAUGGCAACACAGCAGCUCCCGCAGACCCCUCCAAUUCUUGAAGAAGAGAAGGGACGCCUUGUCAUUUCAGGUCCAGUCGCUGGAAGUGUGACGAAAAAUGGCAGGGCGUUCAAAUAUGAACAGCCAAUUGAUAUUCAGAAAAAGAAAGUAGUGAAAUCGAAAAGCCCCGGAUUAAUAAAGAAGGUCUUUUCCAGGCAAAAAAGUAAGACCCGUGCACCGGCACCACCAAAAUGCACUGUGCCACCUCCACCCCCUCCGCCAGCACCGUCAGCUGCUCCGCCACCUCCAGCGAUUCCAUCAAAGCCAGCACCAACCGAGGAAAAGCCGACACUUCUCCGUGAGCUUGAAAGCUCGCAGUUGAAUUUGAUCCAAAUGAUUCAAGAAGGUCCGCAGCUCCGUCACGUGAGCGUCACCGACAGAGCUCCUCCUCCACUGAGUCCACGCUCUAAAGUCAUGAAAAAUCUCCUGGAGAAUCCAAAAUCAAAUCUGAAGCAUGUCCCGACCCCGCCUCCGAAACAGGCUCCAGUUUUCGGGGACUACUUUCUCUCGUCGCUAGAAAAGCAGCUUCAAGAGAUCAAAAGAAUGACCCACUCCGAUAGCGAGUAUGAAAAUGAAAAUGAGCAAGAUGAUGCUUGGGAUGAGGAAAUUUUCUUUUAA